AUGCCGACCUGCACCCGAGCAACAUCAUGGCCUCGGCCGAUUCCCCCUGUAGAGUGGCUGUCGUCAUUGACUGGGCGGCAGUCGGUUCGAUACCGGACUACUGAGAGUUUUGCAGGGCUGAUUACACGACCCGGACGUAGCAGCGAGUGGCCGGCUGGUCAGGGGUUUCAGAGCGUGGAUAUUGAUCUAUUGAUCUUGUGUUCUUCCUACGGUAUGGCACCCAGCAUCAAGCCCAAGACUACGCAUACCUUGCCAAGCAUCUCGACCUCUUCUGGGCCCGCUACUCUUUCUGUUUACCAAGAAGCGGAGCUUACUCAGGAACCAAAAUACAUCGUUUAG